CGCGUUAGUUUCAGGAACUGGAGAGAACAGAAGGGCGUGUGUUAUUAAUAAUCAUCCGAGCAGAAAGUCCCUCAGUCGCUGUGACAGCGAGCAGAAGAGCUGGGGUUCAUUCAUCGCGCGUCACGGCGCGGCGCGUGGGUUCAGAUCGCGCUCGACGCGCUGUUUUAUACUGGUUUACUGUGUGACUAACCGGAGCUUUGACGCAGUGGAUUGUGUGGUGGGAACCUUCACUAUCGAUCACUAUAUAUCAAUCAACACUCGAGUUUAAUGCUGAGGAACGUCCAUCCGAAUUUUGAACAGCACUUUUAUUUUCCCAUGUGGAAGGAGCAGAUGGCUGAAAACAAUCAUUUCUAGCCGUAUUAUGUCUUGUGAGGAAUCUAUCUUGCUGUUUCAAUGACGGGGAAGAUGGAAACGCCCUUCUAUCACGAUGAUAGCGUUCCCAACUUUGGGCAAAUUCCAGAUUACGAUCGAUACCAAGGCCACAAGAUUAUGAGCAAGAAGAGCAACAUGCCGCAUAACUUCUCCAGCGGGGGCAAUGCCUCCAGCCUGAAGCUUCUGCAGGGACAAACUGGGAACGGCAAUCCCAACAUGAGCGGGAACAAUCCCAACAUGUCCUCGCCAGACCUCAACCUGCUCAAGCUGUCCUCUCCGGAUCUGGAGCACCUGAUCAUCCAGUCCAACCAGGGGCUGGUUACGACAAGCCCGGCUCCCAGCGCAUCCGCUAAUCCCUUCAUGUACCGGAACCAGGCCACUAACGAGCAAGAGGGGUUUGCGGACGGGUUCGUGAAAGCUCUGGCGGAUCUCCACAAGCAGAACCAGCUGGUCGGCGCUCCCAUGUCUCCUCCCGCCUCCAUCCCGGGCUCCUACCAGAGGAACCUACCCGACAUUCCCAUCUACACCAACCUGAGCAAUUACAACCCCAACCAGCUCCCGUCGGGAUACCCGGGGGGUCCGAUGGCCUACCCGUCCCACGUCUCGGGUCACGCCCCGGGACACACCUCGGGUCACGCCUCGGGACACCCCACGGGAAGGGUUCUGGACGCUCCUCAGACGGUCCCCGAGGUCCCUCACUCGCCCCCCUCGCUCUCUCCCAUCGACCUGGACACGCAGGAGCGCAUCAAGGCGGAGCGCAAGAAGCUCCGCAACCGCAUCGCCGCCUCCAAGUGCCGCAAGCGCAAGCUGGAGCGGAUCUCGCGUCUGGAGGAGAAGGUGAAGGUUCUGAAGACCCAGAACUCGGACCUGGCCUCCACCGCCAGCAUCCUGAGGGAGCAGGUGUCCCAGCUCAAGCAGAAGGUCAUGAGCCACGUGAGCAACGGGUGCCAGAUCUCCGUCGGCGCCGGCUUGGCCAAGAGCGCGGAGAACACCAGCUGCUGAAACACUCUCUCUCUCUUUAUCUCCGCACUCAUUCUCUAUCUCGCUCGCCCCGUCGGGGAAGAUCGGAAGUCCGGGUCUCCGACUCUUCAGGAAUUUCCUUCUUGAAAAGUACGGAGUACAUUUUAUUUUUUAGCAUUGAAGUUGUUCAAUGCAGUGGAUGCCUGAGGAAAAACUCCAAAGGGAUGCAAACGCGCCGCGGUCGGGAUAAUCGGAAAGGGAACAAGAACUUGUGCUUGGAAUUCUGCACUUGAAUACUUUUCUUUUCUUUGUUUUUUUACUUGUAAAUGCGACGCUUUAAAAGAAUGGAAGCAAGGAUUUUUCUUUACAAUCGGCGUCUUGUUCGACCGCUGAACGAACUUUAUAUGUUUUAGGAGUUUGUGUUUAUAUAACAAUGCACUAUUAUGCAAACACUUCCCGAAGCACCUGAUCCGUGCAUCUGUGGAGCGAAUCCCUUUAUACUCCCGUAUCUGAUGUGUUUCAAGUGGAAAUCUCGUCACCGUGUCUCAAUACCCACAUUACAGGAUAUUGUUUGUUUGUUUGUUGGUUUGAUAUCGUGCAAUUUGUGAAUAUGAGGAAAAAAUAUUUUAUACAAGACUUUUAAAGAAGUAUUACAUUACUGCGUAAUAUCAAAACAUUAUAAGCAAAGUGGAGACAUCUAUGGAGAAGGGAUUGUGGUACUGUGCAAAACUUUAACUGGUACCUUUGCCCUUUUGGAGUUGGGAAAUUCCUGAGCAUUCCUAGACCUUUUGCACUGUAAUCUCCCGCGGGAGUGCGUUAGUAAUGGCGGAUGUGUAAUCUCCCGCGGGAGCGUUAGUAAUGGCGGAUGUGUAAUCUCCCGCGGGAGUGCGUUAGUAAUGGCGGAUGUGUAAUCUCC